AAACUUUGGCGGUCUACAACGUGUACCUUAACCAUGAAUCACGUUUUUCUGAUUAGUCUUUUAAUUACAAGGUAAUUACGCGUUGAUGUUACUGCUACCACUUGCGAAUAUUUGCGAACUACUUAAUUUCAUUAAAUUUGUUGAAAGUUAAGAAGAUUUACGAUGAAGAACAAGAAGGACACCAGUUUCAAUCUAGACGAUUUUACGUCCACGACAACGCUAGCAACAAACGAAGUUAGCGCACAAAUUCCGAGCAACGGCACUUUAAAAGAUGACGGCGAGUAUAAUCCAUUCGAACACAGAAUCGUCGAACAUCCAACAUCAACUGUAGGAUCCUUAAUUCAUUUAUUAAAGGGUGCACUUGGUACAGGUAUCUUGGCGAUGCCGCACGCUUUCAAAAAUGCUGGACUGUUAUUGGGUUCCGUCGCCACCAUCGCCAUUGGAAUUUUAUGCACCCAUUGCAUUCAUUUAUUAGUAAGUUUUAAUUCAUGUGUUCAUCUGCAUUUCAUUUAAAUGUACUUACCUUCAUUUAACCGCAAGGGUAGAUAAAGUGAAACGCGCGAUAUAAAAGGAUGUUCUGAACAUAUGACAAUGCUGUUUCUAUGGAAACGACCACGACGGCAGACUC